AUGAUCGACGAUCUAAAGGGUUUAGAGCUCAUGGAAAGAGCUAACCCAUGGCUUUUCUCAGAGGACAGUUAUGAGGAGUAUCCAACCAAAUAUGAGGAUUUGAAACAAUAUUUGUCAAACGAUUUGGACACAAACUUGCCCUACAGAAAUAGUAGACCCUACACACAUGUUGACUACUUAGAUUUCCUACUGUACAAGAAAGAUCAAAAUGGCUCGUUAAUUGAUGUCGAUAAAAAACUACUUUGCGAAUAUGCGCUGUAUCAGGUGCAAAGUCAUCAGAGGAAUGGAAAAUUAAAAGAUGUUUCGGCGAAAACCUUGCAACAGCUACUCGAUAUCCAGCCACAGUCAGCAGAGUGGUAUGAGUCUUUGCUCGUAUUGCUGGAAUCCACCAAUGCUACAAAAGUUGAUGCUCCACUGUUUGAUAUUGGAAAGACGAGUACAAAGAAAAACCCGAACAGCAAAGGGCUGCAGCGUAGUAAUACUACUAUUCGCACGAAUGGUGCGUUGCAAGAACUCACGUCAUUUGUAUUAUCUAAUGCCGUCAAGAAGGGGGUGGAGUUGCAACCUGUAAAUAUGGAUAGUCCGGUUGAAUUCCUAAAGAAUGCUAUUGAUUCACUCACAAAUUACUCUCAAAAUGAUAACGGAAAGCAAUCAAACAUGGAGAAUGACGCCACAGGCAUAUACACACAAAAAAAAGAGUUAGAAACGGCAUUUGAAGACUUACAGCUAGCUCACAGUUUUUUAACGAAGCAAUUUGAGAAAGAUCGAGCUGAACAUAUACAAAAUGUUGAACAACUUCAAAAUACGAACAAGGAACUACAUCAAAAAAUUUUGGAGUGCCAUUCUAAUUUGUCUCAAAGUGAGACUAAACUGCAAGAGAUGGAUAUUGAGGUAAAACGACUGAAAGAAUCUAGUAGCCUCGAAAAUGACUUUGUGAGGAACAUCGAUCUAUCGUCACCAGUUCCAUCUCCUAUAAACCUCCUAAACCCAGAAUCACCAACGCUUUCUAAUGGCAACGGGCAUUCGUUCUCAAUAAUGAAAAUGGAAUUCAAGAGAAUGCUUGCUGAGAGCCAAAGGAAAUAUGAAAGAGAAAUACAAGAAGAAAGAGAAUCGAGGAUGCAUGUUGAGAAAGAACUAGAGGCGUUCAAGAAGAAGACAGGGAUGAAAUAA